CAACAUGGCUGCGCCCAGGGCAGGGCGGGCUGCCCCGAGCUGGGUUCUGGUGCUGGGCUUGGCGCUGGGCUCGGUGCCCGGGGCGGCUGCGAGCGCCUCCUCCUCCUCUUCCAACGCGGCGGCCGCCGCCGAGGGGACGUGCGGCUGCAGCAGCUCGGGCCGGGGGAGCGGCGGGGAGGCGGCCCGGAGAUAUUCCCCGGAGGCCAAUGCCCCAAGUCCGGCCGCGGGGCCGCUCACCCGCAAGGGGCCAGCAGCGCCCAGUCAGAUGGCCCUUAUUCCAACAGGAAUGUUCACAAUGGGUACCGAUGAACCUGAAAUACAGCAAGAUGGGGAAUGGCCUGCUAGAAAAGUCCAUGUUAGCCAGUUCUACAUGGAUCGGUACGAGGUCAGCAAUGUGGAGUUUGAGGAAUUUGUAAAUGCCACUGGCUAUGUUACAGAGGCGGAGAAAUUUGGAGACUCCUUUGUGUUUGAGGGUAUGUUGAGUGAACAAGUGAAGACUGAAAUCCAGCAAGCAGUUGCAGCUGCUCCCUGGUGGAUGCCUGUUAAAGGAGCUAAUUGGAGGCAACCUGAAGGACCAGAUUCUAAUAUCUCAAAGAGAAUGGAUCACCCAGUUCUUCAUGUCUCCUGGAAUGAUGCUGUAGCGUAUUGCACGUGGGCGGGAAAACGAUUACCCACAGAAGCUGAAUGGGAGUACAGCUGUCGAGGAGGCCUUGAGAAUAGACUUUUCCCAUGGGGCAAUAAGCUUCAGCCAAAAGGUCAGCACUAUGCCAAUAUCUGGCAGGGAGAGUUCCCGAUAAGCAAUACCGGAGAGGAUGGAUAUAAAGGAACUGCACCAGUUACAGCAUUUCCUCCAAAUGGCUAUGGCUUAUACAACAUAGUGGGAAAUGCCUGGGAGUGGACAUCUGACUGGUGGGCUGUUCAUCAUUCUGCGGGUGAAACUCGCAACCCAAAAGGGCCCUCAUCAGGGACUGACAGAGUGAAGAAAGGUGGAUCCUAUAUGUGCCAUAAGUCCUAUUGCUACAGGUAUCGUUGUGCAGCCCGCAGUCAAAACACUCCUGAUAGUUCUGCUUCAAACCUGGGAUUCCGUUGUGCGGCAGACACUCUGCCAGCUUUACACUGACAGAACUACUUGUGCUCUGAAGCCACAGGGGACUAAAAAUUUCACUCCAGCAUGAGGAGUUUUGGGGAGCUCCAGCCUGCUGAGAUGUUCUGCAGUUACGAGUCUCUAGUUAGACAAAACAAGAUAUCCAGCUAAUUGAAAAAAGACAUCGUUGGAGAAAAUCGCCUUCCAAAAUAAGUCCAUGCCAGUUUAAUUCUAUAACCAAUCUUUGGAAAAGUUGGGUUGAAUUCCCAUAUCAACUGUGCAGGUGAAAACAUAGAGUUAAUGCUAUUGAUUUCAUUAGAAAUAUUUCAGAUUUACACCAGCAUAGGAACUAACCAGAACCUUCCUGACCGCAUUUUGAAAAGGAUAUUUUGUUUCAGAUACUAUUUUUAUCUCCUCUAGAGAAGAUGCUCUUCAGUACUGAGUAAGUAUUUUAUGAUGG